GUGACGACGCGAGCGACGACGGGGGAGGCGCUGCGAGCGCUGCUGGACGCGGCGAGCGCGAACGGGGAAGAGGGCGCGCGAAGCGUGGCGGAAGCGCGGGCGCUGAUCGAUCGCGCGCGGGCGGAACGAGCGCGGAGAGAGGUGACGGCGCCGACGAGCGCGCGAUUGGCGGCGCUGGAGGGCGAGGCGAGGGAGUUACGAGCCGAGGUGCGACGAUUGAAGGAUGAGAAUCGAGAGGCGAUCGAUGCGCUGCUCGAGGAAGCGGCGGAGUUGGCGGAACAAACGGCGCGGACGGAAGAAGUGGAGGGCGAACUCGAGGAGGCGCGACGAAUGAACGCGCGACUGGUGAGCGCGGCGAAGGAGCUCGCGGAGCUCGUGGACGACGGCGCGACGGAGGCUCUCGAGGCCGAUCUCGCGGUGAAAGAUGCGGAGAUUGAGGUCUUAAAGGCGAGCAUGCGUGAGCUUGAGCAUAAACUCGAGGAUCGCGACGCCUUGUUGGCGACGAUUCGCGGGUUGGAAAUCGAACUCGCCGACAGCGUCACGAACGCCGAGUUGAUGGAACUUGCCGCGGGCAAGCUCAACUCGCCCGAUUUGAUCAUCGCCCUGGAGGCCGAAAACAAAGAAAUGCGUGCACGCAUAGCCGCUCUCCUCGCAGACGGCGGAGAGCUUCCGGCGGUGACGAAGAAGUACGAGGCGGCGGCGCUCGAAGUCGUCACCCUCAAGUCGCGCAUUCGCCUGCUCGAGGUUCAGAUGGCUGACAUGGUCGAUCAAGAAGAGUUGAGCGAAAUUCUCGAGCAAGAACGAAGCAAAGACUCGGAACUCGCAGAAGUCACUGCACAAAAAGAUAGUUUAUUGAAGCGCAUUCGCGAAUUGGAGGUGGCGAUGUCCGACAUGGAGGAGGCCGACGUGUACCUCAAGGCGAAGAAGGAAGCGGAGUCGGCCAAGUUGCGCAACAUGGACUUGUCUACGCUCAUCGAAUCGCUCACCGCCAAGCUCGCGGAGCAAGUGGAUGCGACGCAAAAAGCAAAGAUAGUGACAGACGAGGCAUUGGCCAACGUUCGCGCCCUCGAAGGCGACAUGGCGUACAUGGAUUACGCUCCCGGUAUCGCGAGCGCGAUGAAGGCUGCGAAGCAAAUGGAGAGCGCUGCAGAACGCGCGGUCGAGCUCGCUGCUGGGCUCCAGCAGUUGGAAGUUGGCAUGACGAAGAAGAGCAGCAGUCGCAAGACGCCGUUCAAACGCGGUGGUGAGAGCUUUUCCCUUCGUAAAAAGGUCUUCAACGCGAGCGACGAGCAAGCGCCCGUCGACGGCGGUUUCAAACGCGCUCCUGCAGAAGCGUUCACCCUCCGCAAGCUCGACUUCACCAAGAUCAAGGCCGAGUCAUCCGUGAAUAAAAGUCCAUUCAAGCGCGCUCCGGAGAGUUCGUUCAAGCUGCGCAAGAUGACGUUCCCAUUCUCCGCUCGCACGGCCGCCGUGCCGAAGAGCGUGUUCCAGCGUACCGGCAACUUUGAGUUACGUCGGUUCAUCUUCACCUCCGAUCCCGUGGACGUCGUCGCAUCGGCGUCUUUCGAACGAAACGGUGAGUUUACUUUGAGAAAAUUAAAGUUCCCUCCGCCCAAUCGCGGCGCGGACGGCGUGAAAACCUGGGACCGAGGCGAGAAGGGAACCGUCUUCAAAUUUUAA